AUGGAAAAUGCAUCAAGAUUGGUUGGGAAGAGUAAUGCAAUUAGUUCUCUUUCGUUAUCAAGUCGAGAUAAUCGUGGUUGUUAUUGUUCAUUAGGGCAUAGUGAUAAUAUAAGUUUGGGAUCGCCAUCGAAUAAUUGUGCUAUAGCUUGUGCUAGUGGAACUACAGCUAAUACGCUUAGCAUGCUUGUUAAUGGUCGUCAUAUUCAACAGCGUUAUAAAUUAUUGACUGAUGGUGUUGUGCAAGUGUGUCGUGUGCCUCAUGCAAAAAAUAUUAUCGAAAAAAUACGUUUUUCACGUUUUCUACGUCGUUGGGAAGAUCAUCAUAUUAAUCUUGAGCACAAUGAAAUAGCACCAACAAUAAGUGAAAACUAUAUGGAUAGAUCGAUCGCUUAUUCAGCAAUUGAAGAUGUAUCUGUAUGGUCAAAAUCGAAAGUAAUCGAUUCAGAUUGUCGAUUUUGCAUAAGAAUAGUUACGAACGAUUGUAUUUAUUUUUUUCAAGUUAAUACGCUUCAUUUAAGAGACCAAUGGUUCUAUUCAAUUCAAUGGAAAAGAAAUAAAUUAAAAUUUGAACGUAUUUUACGCUCCGCUAAUCGUCCGGAAGUACUUUUAAAAGAAAUGACGAGUAUGAUAGAUUUUGCAAUGUCAACACCAAUUGAUGAUGUUGAAGUUCAUCAUUUUCCACUUGAAAUUAUUUCUGAAAUUCUUCAACAGCAAGAAUUUAAUUUACCACGUUUUGUUCAUGAGAAUGUAAUUGUAGCAUUAGCACCACUACUUGAAAAGAAUUAUCCAUCACCGGAAAUAUGUGACUUUUUCAGUCGACAUUGUCGCGAUAGCCCGCGGUCUCAAAUUGUAAUCGAAAUGUUCACACCAGUGGUUCAGAGAAUUUUAAAACACAAUACAGAUUUUGGUAAAUAUCCACGAAUGAGAAUAUUUAUUCAAGAAUAUCUUCUUGCCCUUACCUCGCAGAAUGAUGGUUUACGUGUUGUACAAGAUUUUAUUAAGCGAGUUCAUGGGCCAACAAUGGUUUGUCCAUUCCCGCGUGUUCUCUCAAAUUUUGUUUCCGUUUGUCUUGCUGCUAUUUAUAAUUUUUUUGAAGAUCGGAAAAACUUUCGCUUUGAAGAUAAAGAAAGUUGUCGAGCCUAUGAAGAAGAAACUGAAAGUCAAUUAGUAUGUUAUACGAAAAUGUUACAAACAAUGUCAACGUUUGAUGACUGGCGACCUCAUCUUGGUUUACUACUACAGUCCAUCCCGUUCCCUGAUGAAGCAUUAACGCAUGAUCGUUUUAUUGAAAUAUUCAAAAAUGUAGUAAAACAUUUGGUCGACGAUACACGCUGUGAAGUUCAUCAAACAGUGUUAGGCAUUCGUGAAGGUAAAGAAGGAUGGUUUGAAAUGUUUUGCUUGGGUGGUAUUGCUUGUGAUGAUGAUGGUGAAAUGUUCUCAUUGAUGCUUAAUAAAUUAAUAUCAUGUUGUUGUCGAAAGAAACGUUUCCUUUUAAGUAUCAAUAAAUUAUUACCGGCUUUAAUGUUACUUGCAUUACGUGAAAGUCAAAGUUCAUUAGACACUCUAUGUGCUAUGUUGGAUUUGGAUGCCGUAGAAAAUCGUGACAAUAAAUUACAAUUAAUAUCAACAUUACAAUCGACAUCGACUGGCCUGAAAAUGUAUGCAAAAGUUUGCGAACGACAAAUAGCAUUGAGAGAAUUACAACAAAAAGGUGGACCAAGAAAAUUAACGUUACCAUCACGUUCGACUGAUAAUGAUUUAGCUAAAUUAUUGUCCAGUGGUUCAUUUGGCAAUCUUGAAUGUUUAAGUUUAGCAUUUACUAAUGUUACAAGUGCUUGUGCCGAAAAUUUAAUUAAACUACCAGCUUUAAGAUAUUUAAAUCUAUGGUCAACCCAAUUUGGAGAUGCUGGGCUAGAAUUGAUUUCUGAACAUUUAAGUCGACUGCAAGUACUUAAUUUAUGUGAAACACCAGUGACUGAUAAAGGUCUUGCUUAUUUAGCAUGCAUGAAAAUGUUAAGAAAACUUAAUUUGAAUUCAACACAUUUAUCUCCGUUAACGUUCGAAGCUCUAAAAGAAAAAUUACCAGCUUUACAAGAAUGCGAUAUCCGAUAUACAGAUGCUUGGUAG